AAUGCAGAUGAUGCAAAAGCCACGCGAUUUUCAGUAAUAGUAGAUCGAAGAAAAUAUACUAAUCGCAAAGAAUCUUUAUUAACAGAAGAAAUGAAAGAAUUACAAGGUCCUGCAAUAUGGAUAUACAAUGAUGCAGAGUUUUCAGAGAAAGACUUUCAAGCAUUGAUCAAUCUCGGAAUUGGAGGAAAAUCUCGUGAUGAAAAUGAGAAUGAUACUAGAAUUGGAAAAUUUGGAUUAGGAUUCAAUUGUGCUUUUCAUAUUACAGAUUUACCAAGCUUUGUGAGCGGAGAAACUAUCGCAUUUAUAGACCCACACGCAAAAUUUCUUCCGGCGACAGGAUAUCCCCCUAAAAAAUUAAAAGGCAUUCGAAUGAAUUUUAUUGAAAAAGAAUUUAAAAAACGUUUUCCGGAUCAGUGUUACCCUUAUGAGGCUAUAGAAGGCUGUGAUUUUACAAAAAAAUUCAAGGGAACUUUAUUUAGGCUUCCACUUAGGACUAAAAGAAGUAAAAUUUCUAGUCAAGUACUUGAAAUUAAUGAAAUCCUUAGACUGUUUUAUAAUGUAGAGAGUAAUAAAGAAAUGCUCUUUUUAAGAAAUAUUGAAUCAUGUAGUUUGUACGACAUGAAGGAACAAGGUCCUAAUCUAAUAUGGCAAGCAAAAAUUAAUAAUAUCGACAGUUGUCGUAAUUCACGUCAGAAAGUUAUUGAUAAUGUUGAUGAUGCUCAAAUUUAUCAAUUAGAUAUUGAAAUAAUCCAGUGCCCACAAAAAGUUUCAGAGAUAUGGGCUAUAUGCACAGGAGGACAUAAUAAAAUCAAAUCAGAAUUUAAAGAACUAAAGGAAUUUUCGCAAAAAGAACGAAUCAAGGUAAAUUAGUUGAUUUAAUUUUCUCAUAAUUUAAUAGUAUUUAAUUUAAUAACUAAUAAUCAUUUGUUAAAACAAAGCCAAGAGGAGGAGUUGCUUCUUUGCUUGCACGAUCAGAUGAAAAAUCAUUGGAUGAAUUAAAAGCUGAAUCGGUAGUUAAUUAUUUCUAUUGAAAUCACUAUCUAGUAUUAAUUAA